AUGGACCAAAAAAAGAAGAAUUGUGCCCCAGAUGCGCUGGUUUACAGCAUCCCUAGCAUGAAUGGUGAUUACAUCCAGCAGACAGUCACCAUAGACAAUGAGAGGAAAAUAGCCAUCAUCCACGUCCAUGAGGGAUCUUGCUCUUCUGAUACAAUUUUUGACUAUAAGCAUGGAUACAUCGCCAUGCGGAUCUUCUCCCGAAGGGCUUGCUUCGUGAUGAAAAUGGAAAAAGGCUACAUUCCAGAAAUUGAAGUAAUUGGGCGGUUGGCUUAUGAGAAACAGAUGAUGCGUCAAAUGCUGUCAGGAAGAAACCUAUGGGUGAAAUACGAAGGUGCAAAUUCUUUCUUAGGAGAAAUCAAAGAGUGGCUUAUUUUUGGGAAACCCAUCGAGCAUCUCUGCAGGCACAUACCUGUUUAUAAAGUUGAAAGAGCUGGAUAUGAAGUACAUUCCAGUAAUUGCGUCAAGGCUGGCAUCUUAAAUAUUUUGGGUAUUUCCAUUUGUGAACAUAUCAACCUGUAGUAGCCUUGGAGUCUCUGAAGAUGCCCGGCGACAGGUCCCAGCCAACAAACAAGAUUCUUCCAUCUCUGAAGAUAUUCCAAGUUGUUCAAGCAUUUUAAGCCUUUUGUGCUUUCCUUAAAUUUGGUCUUACAACCCAACCUGUGAACUUCUAAUAAAGAGCAAUUUCGGAGCAUCCUGGGUUCCUUA